AUGAAUAGAUCCGGUAUCACAUAUAAUGAUAAUAAUAAUAAUAAUCUUAUAUCAAAUAAUCCAAAUUAUCAAAAAAUUUAUCAUAAUCCUAUUGAAAAAUUAUAUAAUUCUAAAAAAAAUUUAUCCAAUUCAUUACGUAAUUCACCAACAUUUUCAAUACAAUCAGAACCAUAUUUAAAUCAAUCAAUUAAAAAAAAUAAUUCAAAUUUAAUAUCAAAAUCAAUAAUCAAUAAUCAAUCAAAUAUUGAUUCAUCAUUAUCAAUAAUAAAUAUUAAAAAAAUAUUAGAAAGAUUAAAAAAUGAAGUUGAUAUAGAACGUAAUAAACGUACAUUAAUUAUAAAACAACAUAAUCAUAAUAUAAAUAAAUUAACAAAACAAUCACAAAUUGAUCAUUCUAUAUUAUUAUAUGCAUUAAAACAUGCAGAAAAUAAAGCAAAAUUAUAUCGUGAUGAAUAUUAUAAACUUAAAACUAAAGUUCAAACAAAGUAUAGUAAUUCAGAACAAGAGAAUUCCAAGACAAAUAAUACCAUACAGAAUAAAACAUCUUUGAAAAAUCAAUCUGAUUGGGUAAUUAAUAAAAAUGAUCGUAAUCUAUCCUGUAAAUCUAACUCCAGAUCUUUAAUCCAAUAA